UAACAGUCUUAGCACCUUUAAAUACGAACAAACAAACAUACCAAAUGAAUGAUCUUUAGGCCUUCAUAAGAAUCGGGGCAAUUUAGUUAUGAUAAAUUCAGACUUUUAAUUUAGCUAUGUCAGUAUUGUUGUUUAUCAAUCCUUUUUCUUACUUAGAAAACGAAUUUUCUCAAAUGGGCAAAUAAAAUAUAAAUGUUCUCAACCAGGUUAUUGGUAAACUACCCUGCAGAAAAAUCCAGCAUUGCUGGUCACCAGCAUAAGGUAUGUUUUGCACACCUGAAUGGGAUGCUGUCACGGAUUGUACAGAGACAAACAGGUAAGAUCCAUGUGCAGCAUUUAAUGGGGAACUCCAGAACGUAAUCCACAGACAGGCAAGGGUCAAAAUCCAUAAAGACAGUCCAUACAAAAAACACGAAAACCAAAAACCAAAAGAGAGACCAGGAAAACCAUACAUGAAAACACCAUAACCAAAGCAGAAAACAAACCGGGUAUAAAUAGGCAGACACUAAUGAUGAAACACAAAACAGCUGGGUGCAAUGAACGGGAUAAUGAGUCCGGGAAGUGGGUUAUGGGAAAUGAAGUCCAAGGGGUGAAAACAAGAGUCCGGGUUGGAGUGCCCUCUAGUGGCAGACAAGGGCACUCCCAGUAAUGAUCAUGACAGAUGCUGGCUGUUGGUUUACUGGUCCCCAGCAUGGGAAGCAGGUGUACUGGUGGACCAGCAUAAAGUAUGUUUUGCAGGCUGGGAGCAGCUUGGGAUGCUAUCGUUUCUUAGUGUGUGUUCAUAGAUAGACUAAGACAAUUUUCCAAUUAAUUUUAAUAAAUUAUUUAAUUAAGAAAAAUGCACAUUGCAGAUACUUGUUUAUUGGUACACAGUAAAAUCCUCAGUGUUAAAUGAACGCUGCUGUUUAGUUUUCAUAUGAUCCCAGUCAAUAGAGAGUAAAAGUAACACUGAAGCAGUGUUGCAGUUAGUGAAAUAAAGUAGAUUCGCUCUACAAGUGAUGAUUGACGUUUGGCAACGCCACCUGCAAUUAACAAGCAGAAUCACUGAAGAAAAGAGGAACAACAACAGAAAAAAAGAGAACAGACUCACAGCCACACAGCCUUAGAUGAAAUCAGUCAUAUCUCACCAGAGGAUGCUUAAACAACUCCAAAAAUAGCAUCACCAUGUUCACUUUAUGUCUUUCUUAUGGUACUUGUACAAAAGUUGUUGAAGUUGUUUUCAUUAGUUAGGCACUUGGCCAUUUACUUUCAGCAAUUGUUGAAAGUGCAUGCUAUCACUAUUGUCUACAAUAUUUCAUGCUCCUGGCUGCAAUGACACCUUUUACUAUAUACACUUUUUUAGAAUCAGUGACUAACAGCUUUGACUUGCGAGUUCCCAAAUAAACACGAAAGUCUUUAAAAACAGCACCGUUUAAUUUUGAACUUUCAUGAUCAAGUUGUUAUUAACUGUACCAUUGAGAGAGCUCUUCUCAUAACUCCUGUUAAACAAACUGCGUAUGAUUAUGCUUUUAUUUGGCUUUUUUAUACUAUUUUCAGUUACUUUCAACAGAUGGAGCAAAAUAAAUUACAAAGUUAUAAUCAUAUAUUACAGUAUUACAAUAAAUCAUGUGUUUUAAUCUUAUAUUGUUUCCCUUUACAUCAUUAAUGUGUUAAGUAUUGAAAUAUACAAGCAAAAACAAUGCUUUUCCUCCUAAAACACUGCUUGCAUACAGAAAACUGGCCUACUCACACUCAACCCCGCAAAACCAUGCUGGUGAACCUGCUAGACCAGCACUAUACUAGCACUGAACAACACUAUAUCAGCACUAACCAGUACUAUACUUUGAAUUCAUACUGGUUUAUGCUGGAUUUUUCAGCAGGGUCCAUUUGAAGAUCUGAACUGGUAAGCAAAACAAGUGCUGGUGUUCAAUACCAGGAUGACUAGAGGUGAUAGUGGUAGAGAUUUUACAACUUCAUAUGAUAUGACUAUUAACAUCAUAGAUAAGAUUUUAUAGUUCCCUUUUGCUUCCAUGCCCUGCCUAGGUCAACAAAAACAACAAAUACAAGCUUUUAAAAACAUCAUAAGGAGAAAACAUUACAGAGGCAUGUUCACAAAAACAUUGCAUUUGCAUUCAAUUCAGUGGCAGACUGAACACUGUCAAUCAAGUUGCUGCUGCUUUAUGAACAAUGUCAAAAAAUGAAUUGGCAGUUACAAAACAAAUGACGCAAAAUAAAAGAAUUAGGUGUAUCGUGUGAUGACUCAUAGAAGUCUCCUUUAGGAAUGACUGCAAUUAAAUCUAAAUGUGAAAGCCUGUGCCAAAUACUACAGAAUGGCAUUUUAUCCCGUAAACAGUGACGUUUAAGUGGAAGCACUUGGCAACAAAGUGUUUGCUAGCCAGAAAUAAAUCUGCUCAUUAUGGUGCUCAGCCUUUUAGGUCAAAUUAACAAGGUUUGGGAGGAAGUAAGUGCUGUCAUUAUCCUGGUGUCACACCAUAAUGUUGGUGUGACACAUGCUCGAAUAUGCAAUAUUCAGUUUUAUGGACAUGGAUCUCUAAAACGUCAUUAAAGAGCACUUUGCUGCAGCAAAUAAAACAAAGACCUCACGCCACUUUGUUAAAUUAGCUGUAUUUUGAUACACCAUUUGUACACCAUCUAUUUAUUUAAAACCAACAAACCCAUUUUGUCAAAUGGAAGUCUCUGCUUUGUGGGUCAUUUUGCCUCAUUUAAAAGGUCACGGAACAGAAGUGCGUCAAUAAGACAUAAAUCACGGUUUGCGUAGUAUAUAAACGAAGACAUUCUGAAGUCAGAAAACACGAGCUAACAAAAGACAUCCAUAACCUCAGCGGAAGACAGCUUUCACACAUAUUUCCAGCUAUGAAGGUCGUGCUACUGGCAGUGCUGUUGGUGUUUGCUGUGUGGGCAGAUUCGGCCCAGGCCCAGAAAGCUCUGAGACUCUGUGGCCGUGAGUUUUUUCGGGCUGUCGUCUACACGUGUGGGGGUUCCAGAUGGAGGCGGGUCCAAUCUGAAGACCCUGUAAAUGGUUAUGAAAUCGAGACUGAUGUGGAGACCUCUGCAGAAAUGGAUCGAGUAAGAAGAGACACAUACGAAACGCUGCCCUCCACGUGCUGUAAAGUGGGCUGCAGAAAAAGCGAUCUUGUCCGCAUGUGCUGAGAAACACUGAAACUUCAACAAUCUCUCUUUGCAAAAUGCCUUUAAACUAUUCUUUUUCUGAGGACUUGAAUUAGCCUACAUAAAAAACUCUCAAACUCUCAACAUUUCAGAAACGUUCAGAUGUUGUUUUCCAAGAAACUCUUCAAAUGCAAAAAAGGAUUUUGAAGUAUUAGUUGAAGUAUAUUAGUUUGUAUAUUAGUGCUAUUAGAUUGCACUGAAAUAUAGGCCUGCAUUGGGUAUUGUGCGAGUACAUAACUAGUACAUGCCCCAAAACGUUAUAUCAUGAUGCUUUUUUGUAGGUGUUUUAAAUGGUUAUGACACUGUUUUUAAAAAUGUUGUUAAAAAGAAUAAAAAUCUAGAAGCACGAAUUCUAGAUUAGAAUUUAUUAUUAAUAUUAAUGUAUACCCAAUAUUGUAUUUUAUGCAAUAUAUCCAAGUAGAAACCAACUGUAAAAUUAUUA